AGCAGCAUCAGAAACCGAACGACUCUCGCGAGGUGCGCACACGCAACGCUCGCUGUCCACAACAGUUACAACAAUAAAUAUUUAUAAAUAAACUACGUUUAUACAUACAAGAAAGCUAUCGCCAUGUAUCUGGAUACGAAAAACUUGACAGCUAGCAGCAACAACAUUUCAACCACAACAGCAAUGGGUUCAAUGGAGCCAAAGGCAACACGACGCAUGCGUAAAGUUUGGCAGCCACUGCGCCGACUAUUGACUGGGGGCGGCAAAAGUAAAGCGACGACACAACCGCAUCCCAACAAUGUGGAUCUCAAUAAUACACAAAUGCUGCUGCUGCCGCCGACGCCACUUGAGUUGCUGCACAUCGUCGACGAGAGCAACGAGAGCAAAGCAACGCCCCAAGAGUCUAUCAACAAGUUUGCCGAGACAGUGCAACUGCAGGUGCAGGAGGAGUUGACACAGACACCACCGCCGCCCAAUACGCCCACACUGAUCAGCAGCGUCUAUGUGGAGAAGGCCAGCACACAGAGCUGCAAUGCCUGCCAGCAUGGACGCAACUGUCAGCACAGACAUCACAGCAACACCAACAGCAACAGCAGCAACAGUCAAACAACACAAUUGCUGCCAUCGCAGUCGCUGCCAACGCCAACGCCAACGCUGUGGGAUCUGCAAUUGCCAUUGCAGUACAUCAGCACCGACAAUGGCACAUUCUUUUGGGCUAAUACACAGGAGCGCGUGGACGAUGAUCUGCUGCACGCCUGGCUCUGUCAAAGCUUUAGCCAAUUGCCUGGCACACUUUGUUAGCCACGAGAGUCUCAACGUGUUGUGUUUUUGCCUUAGCCCCCUUAGCCUUAGCCGGAUAACAGAUCUCAUUUUGGUAAAUGCUCGUGACUGAACCUCUCUCUCUCUCUCUCGUGUGACGCUUAAUUACUUAACUAAGCUCACACGAGUGUUGGGGAGCAGCAUGGUGCAUUCCCAAUUCUCUUAUUAGUUGUAUAUUUUGUUCACACAAUUAUUUAUUUCCUUUUUGCGCAAUAUUUACUUUGUCAAUGUGAUAUCGAUUUGCAAAUAAAUGAAAAACUAUUGUACUGCAGUUAACACGAAGUUGUAAAUUAUUUGAAUACAAUAUAUUUACUUUGCUGUCUACAGACAUAUGUAGGUGACUGUUGCACAGAGUUCUUGAAAUAAUGACGGAGUUGUUGACUUCGAAGGUAGAACUUUGACUUUUAUAUAAUAUUUACUUUGUCAAUAUCGAUUUACAAAUAA